CAAGCGUUUAUUGAAAAAAAAAUCCUAACAAAUAAUUUUAUCAACGUAUGAAAUACAUUUUGUUCGUAGCAAAAUACGUUUACUGUGCUGAAUAAUUCAAUAAUUGAACAAUGAUUCACUGUGUAUAGCAGUGUUUCUAUAACGAUGUUUCAAAACAUCAACAAUCAUUGUUUAAUGGAGGGUAGUGCUUGAUUUCCGUGAAUAUGGAACAAGCUGAGGAGUCAUCCGAGCAAGCAGCAUGCUCUGGCGAGCAGACGGGAGCGAGCGAGCGAGCAGAGACCGCUGCAGAGCCGAUGGACUGCUCGGAACCUGGACAGACGAAAGAGGCGACAUGCUCGCCAGAUGACAAGGAAACCAUUCCUUCUGAUCUGACAGCAGAGCCAGUGGUGUUGUCGUCUGGGUCAGAGGACCAGUCCACUCAGUCCGAGACACCGGCACAAGAUGUGGAGAUGACGGAGACCUGGCUGAAUCACUUUGUGGAGCAACUGGGCCGUGUGCCGUCCCUCUGGCGCCCCGGAUCCCAUAGAUACUCGGGACCCAUCAAAGAGAAGACUGCGCGCGGGUUCGCGUACGUGCGGCUUAUAACGGGCUUGGAGCCCGACUACGAGGGAGACAACAAGUCUCGCAUACAGCGCGCUCUCGCGCUCUGUAGGAGAUUCUUCUCAGCUUUGAAGAAGGAGCACCGCAAAGCGGCCCUUGCCGCCCUUGAAGAGAAUCCCCUAGCGAGUCCCGACGAUGCGCUCCGAAGUUGCCCGAUCUGGGUCCGACGGGCGGACUCAUUCCUCAACCAGAUGCCGCUGGUGGUCGCUCAGAUAAACGCCCAAAUACAAGAGAAAAGCCACAGAGGGAGUUCUCAGAGAGAAAAGAGCAAAAAGAAGAAGCCUGCGGGCAGCAGCUUGUUCCUCAAACACCUGGGGAUGGCCCCGCCCCGCCUGCAGGUGCCAGUGCCCCCCGGAGAAGAGGGCAUUAAGUAUGUCCGUCGUGUCGUGAGAGGCAUCAGGAGAGCCGCAAAAGUGCAUGGAGGGCCGAAUAAGGAGGCUAUCAAGGAGGUGGCGCAGCGAUUGGGGGCUACUAGUAACAGGAUAUAUCAGAUUUGGUGGGGGCUGUGUCAGCUGGCGUUGUACAAGCUGGGGCAGGUGGUGGCACGCGGAGACGCCGCCGCCGACAGCGGGCGGCUGGACGCGCUGGACUGGGCCAUCGCUGACGUCGUGCUGCUAUACACCCGGGACAUGCUCCAUGACAGCCAGUAUAAGAACUAUGAGCAACUCUCGGCGUUACUGGGCACAUUCCACCUCGUACAACGCUUCGAAUUGGAGAAGCCUAAGCAAGAAGCCUCGCCGCAAGAGUGGGUCACCGCGGCCCGCUGGUAUAACAGAAACGGCCGAAGUAAUUCUAAAAACCGCGUACAGAUGUCAGCACUGGCGCUCCAGAAGCGCUGGUUCGAGCUGAAACAGGACACGCGCAAGCGCUUCCUCGCUCAGAUGGGCGUCUACAAGUCAGGAUUGCCCCCUCUGCCCCUCCACCAGGCUAUAGCCCGCAGGUAA